AUGCUGGCUGCUGGUAUCGUUUCUAUGUCCUCUUGCUGGUGUGACCUCAACAACUCUCACAUGGCUUACUCCAAUUCAUUGGUCGAUCAUCUAAUGGAUGCUCAUCGAAUCCAUACUCUCGAGAAGGUCGUGGUGCAUCCUCUGGUGCUGCUCAGCAUCGUCGACCACUACAAUCGGGUGGCGCGUGACACCAGGAAGCGCGUUCUCCUUGGAACUUCCUUCAAGGCAACCGUCGACGUUACUAACAGCUACGCAGAGCCUUUUGAAGAAGAUGAAAGGGACCAUAGCAUCUGCUUUCUUGAUCAUAACUACCAUGAAUCAAUGUUUUCCAUGUCCAGAAGAAUAAAUGCCAAGGAGCAUGUUGUGGGCUGGUAUAGCACUGGUCCAAAACUAAAGGAAAAUGACCUAAGUGUACACAGUCUUUUCAGUGAAUGGUGAACAAAGAGCAUGAAAAAACAGAAGAUUCAAAGCCAAUUGUUGCAACUGCUUGAAGCUAAAAGCAAAUUUCCAGGAUAGCACUAAUCGGUGUGAAUCUUGAAGCUAAAAGCAAAGUUUGGAAUGGCAGUGCUCUUACAAUCCAGUCGAGUCUCGAUGCCCCUCUUCGAGUUCUUCCAUAGCAAAGCAGAGCUCGGGACUUGGCUAUCGUGCCGAGCUGGUAAUCAUCUGGCAAUUUUACCUUUAUGUGCUGGAAUUGAAUAGGACUCUCUCUUCCCAAAGAAAGAUAAUUCUGUAUUCUUUGUGAUUGUGAUUCUAUGUUGAAUACAUUGUUGA